AUGCGCCUCCCAUUUUCCUCUCUCUCCCCAACGAGUCUUUCCCUUCCUCGCAAAGUGCAAAGGCGCAAUAAGGAGCGACUCCCGCCCACCGCCUCCACCAACGCUGCAGCCGCCCCUGUUGCCGCCGCCCACACUUCCGAGAACUUCAUCGCCCGUACUAUUAAGGUCAACGGUAACGCCCUUGAUACCGCUACCGUCGGCCCCGCUACCCUGCUGUGCUCUACCCCCACCACCUCCACCGGUACCGCUACCAUCGCCGCCAACCCGCUACCGCUACCACCACUCGCCUCCACCGCUACCGCUACCACCACUCGCCUCCACCCGCUACCGCUACCUACGCUACCACCACCGCUACCGCUACCACCACGCAACCCCGCUACCGCUACCACCACCGCCAACCCCGCUACCGCUACCACCACCGCAACCCCGCUAACCACUACCACCACUGCAGUCCCCGCUACCGCUACCACCACUGCCAACCCGCUACCCUACCACCACUGCAGUCCCCGCUACCGCUACCACCACCGCCAACCCGCUACCGCUACCACCACUCACCUCCACCACUACCGCUACCACCACCGCCAACCCGCUACCGCUACUCCCCACCCCACUACGCUACCACCACCGCCAACUCCGCUACCGCUACCACCACCGCCAACCCCGCUACCGCUACCACACCGCCAACCCCCAACCCCGCUACCGCUACCGCAACCCGAUACCGCUACCACCACCGCCAACCCCGAUACCUACCACCACGCCAACCCCGCUACCGGUUCCACCACCGCCGUCACCGCUACCGCUACCACCACCGCCAACCCCGCUACCGCUACCACCACCGCCAACCUCGCUACCACUACACCACCGCCACCCCGCUACCACUACCGCUACCACCACCGCCCCAAGUUCGAAUUGUUGAGGGAUCUGGAGCGCGAGGGCGGCGGGCGGGCGGACGCGGGCGGCUGUAGCGGAGCCAUGGGCUGUCGGGAGCAACCAGAGCCACAGAAAUUGAAACACAUCCGCGAUGCUGUGAUGACAUUUAUACCUCAUGUUAGAUGGUCUGACAGGCUAUACCACAUGAGACAGAAAUAUAGCGAUCAAGUGUUCGCUUAUUUCCCUCGUUACACAGUCUGCAUCAAGAUUCAUCUGCACUUUUUGGGUUGUGCUGUUACCAUGACAUCUGUUUUAAAAGAACUUAGUAUCAGUUUAGUUUAG